AUGUUUUCUGCUCUUAAAAAACUAACGAGAAGUGGCGAUGAUCGCUGCCCAGCCCCUUUACCAAUGUCUUCUUCUCUGCAGAAGAAAUUUUCAAAAGGAGUUCAUUUUAAUAUGAAAAUACUGAUAAAAGGCGAUCGAAACGUUGGUAAGUCGUGCUUAUUGCAGCGUCUGCAAGGUGGACCAUUUAUUGAAGACUACGUACCAACUGAUCAAAUACAAGUUGCUCCAAUUCAUUGGACUUAUAAGAAUACCGAUUACAUUGUUAAAGUAGAAGUUUGGGAAGUGGUAGAUAAAGGUCGAACUAAGAAGAAACCACCUUUAGGUCUUAAGCUCGAAAACCAGUCGGCUGCAGCAGCAUCUGAGGAUGGCUAUGAAACACCAGUUCUUGAUGCCACAUUCUUAGAUGUUUACAAAAAUGCUAAUGGUGUGAUAUUGAUGCUUGAUAUUACUAAACCAUGGACCUUUGAUUAUGUAGUAAAGGAGUUGUCACAAGUGCCCGCCGAUUUACCUGUUGUGGUACUAGGAAACCAUUGUGAUAUGCAGCAUCAUCGCCAAGUCCACCCACAUCAUAUUGAACAAGCUCUUCAUCAUGCUAAACUUAUAAGAACAGCACCAGUGAGGUAUGCUGAAUCAUCUAUGAGAAAUGGUUUUGGACUUCGUUUACUCCACAAAUUCCUUAGUGUGCCGUUCUUGAGACUCCAGAAAACAAGUUUAUUAGAACAACUGCAGAGAAACCAGAGAGAUGUAGAAGAGAUCGAAAAAGAGCUUGAUGACUUUCAGAAUUCAGAAGAAUCCCACUAUAAUUUGUUUGUAGAUCGUCUUGCAAACAAACGUCGUCAAAGUGCCGGUCAGCCCGAACCUCGGCCUGCCACUGAUCGCUCUCCAAGCAUCGUACUUGGUGCUGGUAAACCUAUUGUGCCACCUAGUGUGAACCCACUCCUGGCGCAGUCACUGGCUGGCAAUGGGAUAAAAACGCCGAGUCAAGUUACACAAAGUCACUACGUCAGUUCUGAGUUAACAAGGUCUAAAAACCAAGUAAGCAUGGAAAUGACGCUUCCUCGACAACCUCAACAAGACAGCGGACAAGGCACACCAUCUGGGGUAAAUGUAUCAGCAUCGCCUGGGGGUCUAGAUGAGUUUUAUGCAGGUACUUUGGAUAGUAGCUUUUUGGAGGAUCUUCCUGCAAUAUCAGGCCAUAACCAAGAUGUUAUCUAUGACACGGAAAGUGACGAUGAGAAUGCGACUAAUCCUAAGGUGACAAUUGAUCAGGAAGAUUUGGACUUCGAGGUUUCUUCCCCAGUGGAUGACCGGCCAGAGGUAAAAUUAUCCACAGAGUUAACAAGAACAAAGCAAGAUGACGUUAAUCUUGAUACUAUGAUGAGUCGUGUUUCAAUGGAGGAGGAGGUUGACGUCCAUAGUGUAGAUAUAGGAGCUGUUCCUAUCUUUGAAAAUAGCCGCCAUAUUGACGUACAAAUACCAUUGGAUAAUGAUUUCCCACUUUGGGCUGGUGACACUAGCGCAAGAAGGUCUCCUGAAGGCGGCGAAGACCCAGACGCCGCUAAAGAGCCAGUUGAAAAGGAGAAAAAACACAAAAAGAAGAAAUCAAAGGAUAAAGAUCGAGGUGAUUAUAGUGAAAAAUCAGAAAAGAAAGAGAAGAAGCAUAAACAUAAGAAAUGUAGAAAUGAUAAAAAGAUAACCAAUCCCCAACAAGAUUUAUUAGCGCCUACUCCUGCCACUGAGUUCGACUACGAUGAGUACGACAGCAUUUAA